GGGGGACCCAAGAGGCCGCGGCCACAGCGGCAGCGCGGAGACGCAGCUGGAGAGCAGAGCGGGCCCGAGCCGAGCCGGUCUUUAUCUGCGAUAUCACUGUGUGUCUGUAGCAAAGGUUUGGGCUACCCUUCCCUUCAUGAAACAGAUGGAGAGCGUAUAUGAAAGAGCCACAACUCUUCUGCCUAGUAAGCACGACUGGUAUGGGUAAUGGUGUGAAGGAAGGUCAAGUGGGUUUAAAACAGAAUGGCGUGGAGCCAAUUGUACCCACCCACGUUCUAUCUGAGGGGAGCCCGGAGAAGAGGAAAGUGAUCCACUCCCUGAUGUCUGGUGCAUUGGCAGGUGCUGUUGCAAAAACAGCAGUAGCUCCGCUGGAUAGGACGAAAAUCAUAUUUCAAGUGUCGGCAAAAAGAUUUUCUGCCAAGGAAGCCUAUAGGCUGAUCUACCGCACCUACCUCACUGAGGGCUUCUUGAGCCUGUGGCGCGGGAACUCGGCCACGAUGGUCCGGGUGAUCCCUUACGCUGCCAUCCAGUUCUGUGCGCACGAAGAGUACAAGCAGCUCCUGGGAAGCUACUACGGCUUUCAUGGAAAAACAUUGACUCCUUUACCCAGAUUCAUUGCUGGUUCACUGGCAGGUACGACAGCUGCCAUGUUAACCUACCCGCUGGAUCUGGUGCGAGCUCGAAUGGCCGUCACGCCGAAGGAGAUGUACAGCAACAUCCUCCAUGUCUUCAUCCGAAUCUCCCGGGAAGAGGGGCUGAAGACCUUGUACAGGGGCUUUGCGCCCACUAUCCUUGGAGUGAUUCCGUAUGCUGGACUUAGCUUUUUCACCUACGAGUCGCUGAAGAAACUGCAUGCAGAUCACAGUGGGAGAGCCCAGCCAUACCCCCUGGAACGUCUUGCAUUUGGUGCCUGUGCGGGCUUGAUCGGCCAGUCAGCCUCCUACCCUCUGGAUGUGGUGCGUCGGCGAAUGCAGACGGCGGGGGUCACGGGACACGUGUACGGUUCCAUCCUGCCCACCAUGCAAGAGAUUAUAAGAGAAGAGGGACUAAUCCGAGGCUUGUACAAAGGACUCAGCAUGAACUGGGUCAAAGGUCCAAUUGCCGUGGGAAUCAGUUUCACGACCUUUGACCUUACCCAGAUCCUUCUCCGUAAAUUACAGUUCAGCACUAAUAUUGAACGGUAGUGGCGUCCUUUCCAAGUGAACAGGGGAGAAGUACAGUGGAAGUAUGUGUGUCUAACAAACCCUAGCAUUGUCCCAUUCUGUUAGUGCCGCCCCCACUGCUGAGACUUUACUUUCGGUUUUUCUUUUUUUUAACAAGCCUCCGAGUUAUCGCCAAACCCAGACAUGCAAGUGACCUUCACUAAAAUGGGAUUCUCCCCAUGGUUCUCGGUGACAGCGGAGCUGCCUUCUCUAGAGUAGCUGCCUCCUUGUGUUUAACUCUUUGAUACACACUAAGCUAUUGCUGCCUUCUCUCCUGGGCUCAGUGGGUUGAUGAGGUGGUGUGGAUUAUAGAAGAGGGGCUGCCGGGCUGCUGGAUGGAGCUGGAAAUCUGGGAGGUGAAAGGAGUCCCUGCCAGGCAGUUCUUAGUAACUGCACGAUGGUAAGCACCCUGGCAAGCAGCAUUUCAGUGUGAGUCUGCAAUGAACUGCACGUGUGAGUUGAGAGGGUUAAUCGCCUUUGAAAUGAAACAUCCAGUAUUUAAGUUUUUUAUUUUAAAACCAUUUUUACUCCAAAAUUUGGAGGUAAGCUCUGGCAGGAAGUGUGGAAGUGUUCCUCCCUUCCGAUAUCACUCAUUUUGGUUUUACUUUGUGUUCAGCAAAACAUCCCACCUCAGCAACGCCCUUCUCUCUAAAAUCAACAACGACUGAGAGUUAGGAGAUCAGCUUUCAAUCUGGAAUUCCUGUGCCUGCGGUCUUAAACUGGAUUCACUCGAAGCAGUAUUGCUUUCAGGCUACUUUAAAAACCUUUCUAUCCGGAGUUGUUGUAUUUUUAAAAGCAGUAUUUUCAGAAGGAUUUAGCAGCUUACAGUAUUAAGACCUGGAGAUUAAGAGGGGGGAGUGUUUUUUAACCAAUAUCUUUCAUUACUGUGGUUGCUGCUUAAACUGCAGUGUGAGAAUAAACUCUGCGGGGGGCACACCUAUGAAUAACCUUUCAAGGUGGCUGUUUUGAAUGGGGUCAACCUCCUCUUUAUCUAAAGCUGCUGCCCUGCUUUGGAACACCCUUUUGCGCACAUGCUCUGUAGAGCAUGUCACCUCAGCUGAUUUACCUUUGAUUCCAGUAGUUUAUUCUUAGAAUUAUGCUGGACCAACUUGGCUCGUAGAAAAUAGACCCAGUUUGCCAAGAGUCACAUAAUUGUCACCCACUGGGGAUUGUGCCAGGUGUGCCAGUUCUUCCCAGCUGCAAGUAUGAAAUGAACCCCAAGGCACCUUUUGAGUGUGACAGGUCAGUGCUGAUGAUGUUUUGGGAACCAGAACUUUGAGAGACUUGGAAGGGUGAGUGGCUUUAUUUUAAACUUGGACCACCAGAGAGGUGGAAGAAUUGUCCAGCCUUCUCGAAUGACCCCAGUGUCUCCCCGCUCCCAGGCAGUAUACUUCUCUGCUGCUUGUGUGGAACAGAGAUGGAGCAGAAGGUGUAAAUAGGUUGUAGUUAAAACCUGUCCCUUCCUGACAGAUGUUCAUUAUUGUUCAAAUCAUGUAUCGAGUUCAUUCGUCAGAAUGAAGAUAAUUGCCACUGGUAAAAUUAAACCCCUCUUUUCUUUGGUCUUUGCACUCUUUGGAGCAGAACCUGCCUCUAAUGCCAAAUAUUUUCCUAGUGAUUAAUGAGAAGCACCUACUCUGGCCCUGGGUUCUUUAUCCUCCUGUGGGAUUGGCCAGAGAGUCUAGACCCUGGAGUAUUGGUGUGCAUAUUCUUCUGCGCAAAAGUGUAGUGUUGGUAUUGUGCUACCAGCCGGCGCACAGAUAGGACAUAACCUCUGUGAGGUGUCUGACACUUCUGGCUUAAAGGCGAUAUCCACUGUAAACUCAGUCUGGUCAUGUCAGCUAAGUACAAAGUAAUUGAAUUUUAAAAAGACUUUUAAGAAACUGGAAACUCUCUUGUGACAGAUGGUACAAAUGAGCCCUAAAAGAACAGUCCUCGCCAUUGGUGGGAGGCGAGUCCAGCCAGCAUCAGGUGAGCAAAGUUCUUUAUGUCGGUGGUAGGCACCUUUGCACGAACUCUGACGCUUUCCUUUCCCCAGUGGAAAAGCUGGUUACUUCUGUCUUUCUCCCCAUUAUUGGAUGGGGCUCUGGGGGAGGGAGUGUCAAGAUGGCAGCAUGAUGACCUGAAGGGAGAUCCCAGAGCAGCGGCACUCAUGUUAGCAUCCAAGGUACAUCUACUCACUAUCAGGCUCUCCAUGUGCAGAGACUUCCUGUGCGGUGGCUGCGCCCUCUCAGAGCAUGUGCGCGAGAGAGGGCUCUCUUGUCUGCACUGUGGUCAGGGUUAGACGGCAUCCUGCUGGGCGGUGACGUGACCACUGGAGGGAGUCACCCAACACAGCAGAUAGCGAAUGAGCUGCACCUGCCGUUUGAAGAUGGACUCUCAUUUAGGGGCCUGAUCCUAUGUUCUGAACCCCCUCAGCCCACCCCUGCAGUCAGCAGCAGCAGCGUGUGUGCAGUUCCUUGUAGGAUUCUGACUCUGGCAAAAGGGACGCAUCCAUGGGGAAAGCCCCAAACUCGGAAAUGGAACCGAGUCCUUCUGAGACAUCUCCCCCCACCCCAUUGUAUUAAAUGUGAGCACUACUCUGAAGAGAGACUGGCACCAGAAGUCCUGAUGGGCUGCAGCCUUCAGCCACGUUACUCCUGGGGGUGCCCACUAGGAUAGGAGUGAGAACAGUGCAAGGGUGGUGAGAUCUGCCUGUUUAGAAGCCUGGGCUGUCUGUACCAAAACCUUCAAGGCGAGAAGGGAGACUCGAGGGCAGUGCCAGCGUGAAAGCGCUGGACCCAGAGGAGUGAAGAGGUGUGUUUUGUUGCUGGCACUGCAGCUAAUUUUAAAAACCUCUUUUAGCCAAACCUUUUUUCCAACUUUCCCGACUGUGUUUAGUCCAGAAGCAGACCUGAUUUCAGUCUAACCAUGUUAGCAGUGGUCUUGGGUUUCUUGAACAAUAGGGUUCUUAAAAUAACUGUGUGUGUGUUGUGUAUGUUUUAAAUGGCUGGUUCCCCCCGUUUGGAUGUACAAGGGGGGAACCCAAAGUGCUUAAUUUUAAUUUUCUUGCAUGAAUUAAAACUUGUUCCAAAUCUGCUGCCUGAAAUGCGGGGCCCUGAAGCUUCUCUAGCGUGCUGGGUAGAAGGGGACGGUGCCACUGUGUGUAAUGGAAUGACCUUCAUUUGGGUCCAGGAAUCUCCCGUGAGUCUGUUCUGUAUCCCUCAGAAAGGAGACAAGUCCAAUGUAAAUCUUUUCUUUCUCCCCUCCCGUUUCUGUGGAAUUGUUGACCAUCUGACCCCAAAUUAUAUGACUCUCUUUAAAACUAUACUAGUUAGCAGUCGAACACUAUUCAUUUGCAUUUCCUUCCUUCAGCUCCCCUCUACCAUAGUCGAGCACCCUGGAUCCACCCCUGGCUGUUUGGGGAAGGCAGGUCUGAUGGAGAAUAUCUAAACUGGCACAAGUGCAGGUUUGAUGCUGGUUCCCAGAACAGUCCAGCAUCAGAACCCUCCUUGUGGAAUGCCGUGGGGAGAGGUUUCAUUUCUAAUGAGGAUUAGAUACCAGGGAUGAGUGUUCCUUUGGAAAGUCCUUGAGUAUCAUUUGUUCAGUGUGAUUCCUUCCCCUUCCCUGCUGGAUGUGAAAUGGCAGCUCCUCGCAGGGCCUGGGCCCAGCUUUUUGGCUUUGUGAAGUGGUGGUUGCCUGGGUGGAGAACACUGGGUGGAGCUGGCUCUUUCCAAAGAGUCCUGAGGGUCAGGUAAGGGGCACUAGUGUGGGAAGCUGGGCAGGCUUUCCAGCAGUGGGGCAAGGCAGAACUUAUCCAUUUGGUGCAGACCCCUUGCUGCAGCUAGGAGUCCUCACCGAUCCCUGGACACGUGCUCCAAGCAGUCUUCUCCUGGUUUUCCGGGAACACAGGGCCUGAGAGUGCCAAGACAGGCCAGCAGCAACCAAGGUGGAAGGCAGAUGACUCUGGUGGGGAAAGGGGAAUGCUGAGGACCCUUGGCACCUGUAAAAGUUCACUAUCGGUGGAAGUCAUGAGGGUGCUAGUCCCUGCAAAGCAGGCAGUGGAGUGGGAAUAUCCAUUGAUACUUUCCUGGUAAUUUUUAGAAGCCCAGUCCAGCAGCUGGUCUGAGGAAAUGAUGGUAUGUCUGUAACUUCACCUGACAGCCAUCGGCCUGGCAGUGCUUAAGUAUUACAGGUCUUGCACUGUGGUUGCUUUAACACAAGCAGCCAGUGCAUUUCGGAAGAAACUUUUUUUAACAAGAAGUGCGUGAUAAAUGGACUUUGCAGGGUAGCACCAAUCUGAAAAGUCCGUGACAUCCGGCAUCGGUGGGUACGGCAUUGGUGGCAAAGGGGAAGCGAAAUAUUGAAGAGGAAAAGUUGCAUUGAAAACAGUAAAUACCUGAAUGUAGUUACUUAGCGCAUUAGCCCUAGGAUAAGAGUUAGGUUUUGGGCUCAGUCCGUGGCUCAGAGCCAGAAAUGGAAAUAGCUUUUUCAUUGCAAUGUCUGUUUCCUCUUACCUGCCCUGUACCCUUUUUAAUGCUGCGUUAUGCAGGCACUUGUCUGUCUAUGCGUAGAGCACAAAUGCCUUUUGUAAAGAUGUUCUCACUCACUAAUGUGUGUCAGACUUGACUGCUUUCCUUGGGUCUGGAGUUCUAUUUUAAUGCAGUGAAGACACUGUUAUAUAAUGUUUAUAUAUAUUUUAAAAUGUGUGCCAAGAGAGGAGUAUAUUUAAUAAAAAAUUAACUGACUUUCUGGAUUCUCUUUGGGUGUGCUCUGUGUUGCACCUCUGUCACCAGGAGGUGCUGGUUGCACUCACAAUAGGGAUUGCAGGACAAAACGGGGGCUCUCCUCUCUACCCAACAGAACGGGGGCCAGGGUUGAGAGGGUAAGAAAGCAGAAGCUGUAGCCACCAGCAUUGGGCCCCUUCAGCACCUGAUUUUCAACAGUGCCCAGCACCAGCAAAGCCCUCACACACUGAGCUCUUCUGAAUCCAGAGCAGGCUGAGCCUGCUCAAAUCUCUUCUCUCUCCUCCUACAGGACUUAGUCGUCUCCCUUCUCCCGUAUUGUCCAGCACGACGUGCACUUCAGGUGCUUCCUGUUACACACAGCAGAUUCCUGCACCAGACACUGUUCCCUUGCUCAUGUUGUCCAACUGGAAGAGCUUCCCUCAGUGGGUUUAGGGCAGCAUCUCUGACUUUCUCUGCUCCCAGAUCAAUAGCCGGUCUCUUCUCCCCCCCUUCCCAAUGUCUUUCCCAAAUACAAGCUCCUAGCUGGCCUCUGCUGGUGCUGAACAUUCUCCUAGAGACCUCCUGCUGUCCUGACCUUGUUAAUGGUUAAAGUGGCUGGCAGGCAAGGAAGCACACCCCUAAGUACUCAGGGUAUUGAAAGAAUAUUUGGCUCUGUGUAUUCAGAACUUCUCUCCCCGGGGAUGGCACGGUGACGCAGCGGGAAGGCCCAUUUCUUCCAAUGACUUGGGGAGCUAUGUGGAUGCAGGCAUGGCCAGAAGAAGUGCCGCCUGCUGGCCCUCCAGGCUGGGGAUGAGCGAUAGGCCAUAACCUGCCCCUCAAACACCCUCCGUUGAAAACAAUUACAGAACCCCAGAGAAGAAGCCAGCAUGAGAUGGGGCUGGCGGAGCCCUGCUUGUGCCUAAGAGACAGCAGAUUCAGAGCCCUGGUGGGCAGGCCUCUUCAGGGGGAUGGAGCAUCCGGGUAUGACAGGGAUGCCAUGAUUCUGGGUAAAUGCAACUGCUGUGGUAGCCUGGUAGGUCAACACAGUAAGGAUGUGAUGAACUCGUGUUGUAUCUAAUGACCUCUCUGAUGGAGGGUAAUCCCAGGAUACCACACGGUUAGUUUGAUAAACCACAAUACUCAGUAAGAUCUAGUAUCAAAAACAUGGGAGUCGGGGUGGAGGGAAUCCCAGCCUCCCUGUCUUCUCUGGUAAAACUCCCAGAGACUUCAAUGGGUCCAGGGUUUCAGCCAUGGUGCCAGACUCCUAAAACCCACCCCCAAAGGUUACUAAAUUGGGCCCCUUUUUGGCAAUUCUUAGCUCAGGUGUCCAGGACUGAAUGGGCCCUGGGGUCUGAAUGUCCUCUAGCUCUGGGCUGAGCCUGGGCAGCUGUUAGCUGUGCAACUGGUGUUGCUGUUCUGUGUGCAUGGAGGACUUUGGUCCAUGGGAGCUCUGGGCUGGUGCCUCUCCCUGAAAAUACAGCAUUGUAAAGGCUUCUUUCAGCUGUUGGUGCCUGGCUAAGCUGCAUGGAAAGAAAAUUGCUGGUAGGUUUGUUUGGCUGCGGCUAUUGGCUCUGUGAAGUCAGAAACAUCUCCCUCAAUGAUGGGGCUCUUAUCUGAAAGGACACAGUGAAAUCUGUAGGAAAACCUUAAAUUUCUUGGAUGUGGCUUUUCUCGGCCCAGGUCUUUCUACUUGCUGUUGCUAGGAUCCCAUUGGGUGCUGUGUGCUGCACCAAUGUGGAGUGAAAGAAUCUCUGCCCCAAUCAGCCUCCAGUCUAGAGAGAUGAAUGGAAGAAAGGAGGGAUCAUCUCCUUGAACUAAGGCACAGAGAGACUUUGGCUUGCCCAACAAGGAGUCUCUGCAGAGCUCAGAUCUCUUGAGUUCCAGCACAGGACCUUAGCCAUAAGCCU